AUGGCAGACGAAGUCAUCCCAGCAUACCCAAAUCUCAGCGUCGCAGAGCUUUCCUAUCGAUUGCUGACGCCGUCGCUCGCCCACGUUCACAAUGCGUCUCAAGCCUCGUUGCUUGCUGCAAUCAAGGAGGAUGAGAUGGGUCCGUAUUACCGCUCGUUAUACGAAACACCUACAAUCACGAUGAAUCCCCUCGCUUCCCCGCGCAUCCCUCAAUCGCCGCGUCUUGCACGCGCACAGUUGGAAGCUGGGCCACUUGGAAGGAGAGAUGAUACUCUAUUGGCAGAGUUGGAUGCUCAGAAUGCAAAAACGUUGAACGAGCUCGAGGAAAAGAUUCAAGAAGCAGAGAAGACUGAAGGCGAAAGCGAGAUUGGUGAAGCAUGGAGAGCGAAAGCCAUGUAUCUUACACGCAUUGGCGAGAAGGACAAAGCCAUCGAGGCGCAAAAGACUGCAUUAGAGAAGACAGCAGGUGUCGGAUCUAGGAUAGACAUUGCACUUACGCUUGUUCGCAUUGGCUACUUCUUUGCCCUCCCGGAGCUCAUCAAGGAAUACCUCGAAAAAGCGGAAGAGUUCAUCCAGAAGGGAGGAGAUUGGGACCGACGCAAUCGCCUCAAAGUCUACAAGGCCUAUCAUCUUUUGAGCGUGCGCUCCUUCCAGCCUGCAAGCACACUCCUCAUCGAUUCACUCCCUACGUUUACUGCCACUGAACUCUUGCCGCUCCCUUCCUUUAUUUCCCUCACCCUCAUCUGUGCAACACUCGCUUCGACGCGUACGGAGCUCCAAAAAGUACUCAAAUCGCCCGAAGUCCAGUCAACAUUGGCCGAAAUCCCAGAAGCCGUCAGUGUACUGGCGAGCAGUUUAUGCGAGAGUCAGUACGACAAGUUCUUCCGUAGCCUUGCCGUCGUAGAGGAAGAGGAGAUUCGAACCAGCAGACUCUUGCACAGUCAUCGCAAAUGGUUCGUGCGGGAGCUUCGCGUAAAGGCGUAUGCACAAUUAUUGGAGAGCUAUAAGAGCUUGACUCUGGAGAGCCUUGCGAGGGCAUUUGGUGUGAGUCCGGAAUGGAUCGACGAGGAACUCGUCCAUUUCAUCUCAUCUGGCCGACUCAACUGUGUCAUUGACCGCGUUCACGGUGUCGUGGAGACGAAUAGACCGUCGACGAAGAGUGCAAGAUAUGAGGCGGUGGUCAAACAAGGCGAUAUUCUUCUGAACAGCAUACAGCGUCUAAGCAAAGUAUUGUACUAA